GGACAGGAGAACGUGGAAAUUCUGCCCUCGGGAGAGCGACAGCAGGCGAACCAGAAGCGGAUUACAACACCCUACAUGACCAAGUACGAGCGAGCCAGAGUCCUGGGCACCCGUGCUCUCCAGAUAGCGAUGUGUGCCCCUGUGAUGGUUGAGCUGGAAGGAGAGACGGACCCCUUGCUGAUUGCCAUGAAAGAACUCAAAGCACGCAAAAUCCCCAUAAUCAUCCGUCGUUACCUGCCAGAUGGGAGCUAUGAAGACUGGGGUGUGGAUGAGUUAAUUAUCACAGACUGAUCAGACUCCAGCCACCAGUUGUUUUUUUUUUCUUUUUCAGGAAUGUUUCUAAUUUUGUUUAGUAUUUAUGUAAAUAAAUUUUAAAUCUCCUCA